UGGUCUGGAGUUUCAGUUUCUUUUUCUCGGCAUCCAGAAAGGGGGGCGCUGCUGGUUGGCUGAUUAAAGCCUGCCCCUGGCUUUUCCUCACCGCCCGCUUCUGCAGGGAAGAAAGAUUUCACCUUCUGGGCCUGAGAUUCUGUCUGAUCACGGCUGAAAACUGAGUGCUUUCAACCAUAGUAUUGUCCACUUUGAAGGAGUCUUAGUGGCCGUGUUGCCUUGAGUUGUCUUUGAGGACUGAUUCACCAUUUGUUUUAUAAUCCUCCUAGCCAUCCAGUAGCCCUUAAGAAAGAAGAGCCUCAGAGGUCAGGACAGGAAAGGACAGGGGGCAGCAUAAUGGCCUCAACAGAUCAGACAGAUGUACAGAAGGAGGCCACUUGCCCUGUCUGCCACGUGCUUUUGAUAAAACCCUUGAAUCUAGGCUCUGGCCACCAUGUAUCCCAAGCCUGCCUCACCGUGAAGAAGACUGCAGUGACCAACCCCAGAGGGAAAAGCCUCUGUCCUAUGUGUGGCAAUAGAUUCUCAUUUGAAAAUCUACAGGCUAAUAAGCAUCUGGCAGAUGUAGUAGAGAGACUCAGGGAAGUCAAGUUGAGCCCUGACAUUGGGAAAAAGGGAGAUCUCUGCGUACACCAUGGAGAGAAACUCCUUCUCUUCUGUCAAGAGGACAAGAAGGUCAUUUGCUGGGUUUGUGAGCGUUCUCAGGAGCAUCGUGGUCACCACACCUUCCUCCGGGACGAAGCAGUCAGGGAAUGUCAGGAGAAUCUCCAGGAAGCUCUCAAGAGGCUGAGGAAGGAGCAGGAGAAGGUGGAGACAUUUGAAGCUGACAUCAAAGAAGACAGAAUUUCCUGGAAGCACCAGAUCCAGACCGAGAGACAAAGGAUCCAAACAGGCUAUAAUCAACUUAGAAGAAUCCUGGACAAGGAGGAACAGAACGAGCUGAAAAGACUCAGGGAAGAGGAGCAGAUGAUACUAGACAGCCUGGCAGGGGCAGAGGCUGAGCUGGCUCAGCAGAGCCAGUUGGUGGAGGAACUCAUCUCGGAUCUAGAGCGUCGGUGUGAGUGGUCAGACACAGAGCUGCUGCAGGAUGUAAGCGGUAUCUUGAAAUGGAGUCAGAUCUGGACACUAAAGAAGCCAAAAGCAGUUUCUAAGAAACUGAAGAUGGUAUUCCAAGCUCCUGAUCUAAGUGGCAUGCUACAAAAGUUUAGAGAGCUAACAGCUGUCCGGGCCUACUGGGCGGACUUCACGUUUAAUCCAGAAAACCUAAAUUUGAAUCUCAUUCUUUCAGAAGAUCAUAGACAAGUGACAUCUGUGCCCAUUUGGCCCUUUAAGUGUUGUAAUAAUGGUAUCUUGGGCUCCAAAUGUUUCUUGUCAGGAAAACAUUACUGGGAAGUGGAUGUGUCUGAAAAGAAUGCCUGGACCCUGGGAGUUUACUCUAGAAAACGUACUUUGAAGUUUGAUGUUAGACGAUGCAGCAAAAGUCAGCCAAAUGGUUACCACAGAUACAAACCUCAGAAUGGCUACUGGGUUAUAGGGUUACAGGAUGGAUCAAAGUAUAGUAUCUUUGAGGAUUCUUCCAACUGUGGCCCUACAGUUCUGAACCCCUUUGUGGCCACCCCUCUCCAUCGGAUUGGGGUUUUCCUUGACUGUGAAGAGGGCAUAGUGUCCUUCUUCAAUGUCACAAACCACGGGUCACUCAUUUACAAGUUUACCCAAUGCCGCUUUUCCCAACCUGCCUAUCCAUACUUCAAUCCUUGGGACUGCCCAGCCCCCAUGACCCUCUGUCCUCGGAACGCCUGAGUUUUCUCAUUCUCAUCAGUUUCUGAUCUUCCUGCCUUGACCCUCACCUUCUGGAUGUACCUGUGGGGUUUGGGCACCUCUUCCCAUGGUCUCCCUUCUGUCAUGCUUGGAUGUGGUAUAUCCGACAUCAUUUAGAAAAGAUGCUUACCACUUACUCUAACUCAUAUUCUCAAAGACAGUGAGUCAAGUCUAAAGCUGGGUCAGUAUAACAUCUGUGCCCUCUGACUUCCAUAUUUCCCUUUGUCUUGAAGAAAGUUGACAAAGUCUGUUCGGCACUAGCUCAUCCCUGCUGUUUAAGACAUUCCGUAAGAACUGGCCCCUGGCCACAACUAAUGAAUUUUUAACAAUGUGUUGCUCAGGAUAUGUCAUGUUCAACAGGAAGUCAAGGAAUAGGUAACGUGAACAGCAAUAUGUAGCCUAGAGUUGAGGAUAUGUCUAGUAUCAAAUUCAAAUGCUGCAUCUUGUAAACUAAUAAAUUCUGAGGUUCUUAAACUAAAAAUUAAAGUGCAUCUGACUUAAGAUCAUUGUAUGAAACUAGAGAUUUGUAAAUAUAAAAUACCCACUUGAGUGCCUGGUCCAUAAGAAACAUGGUCCUAUAGUCCUUUGUACUCAAUGAAAUAUCUUGUUGGAGUAUUUUAAAUACCUGUUGUCUUCAAAUGCUAGUUUUUCUUCCUUGCCAGUUUGAUUUCAUAUGUAUAACCUCAUGUGGAGUGUGUCUGGUUUUAAAAAUAAAAGGUUGGUCUUCAAUGACAUUCUAAUUCAUUUGCAG